AUGUCUAGUAGCGACGAGUUCAAACUUUUGCCCGACGAUAACGAAGCCAGAGAAUGGAUAUUUAAGGCUAAAGAAAAUGGUUUCAUGUUGUUUUAUGAUUACGACAAUGAUUUUGAGAAUGUAGAGUUGGUUGAAAAUUCCGCUGACUCUAUAUUAAAAAAGGCUACAUUAAAGCCAUUAAAAAAAGUCGUAACUUUGUCAAGAUAUAAAUUUAAUAUUCAGUUCUCAUUGAGGCAUGUAGUUUUAGAGGUACAAAAACUUCGUAGAGUUUCAGCCCAUGACAAUGUUUUGAGCUACAUUGGUUUAACACAAGAGCCUAAUGCUAAUAAUAUUGUUACUGUGGUUUUAGAUUAUGCUGAUGAUAAUUUACGAGAUCAUCUAAGUGGCAAUGACUUACCAUGGGCUAAAAAACUCCAACUUGCCAAACAAUUAACAGGUGGAUUAUAUUGUCUACAUCAAUAUGAUAUGUUUCAUGGAAAUUUGAGAUCAGAGAACAUUGGUAUGACCAAUGGUAGAAUAAGGCUUCACAAUUUUGGAAAGUUUAAAAAAAUAGAAGAAUCUAAAAAAACUUUGGCUCAAUAUUAUGAAUCAAUACCCUAUUUAGAUCCUCAGCAUCUAAAGAACCCAAAAAAGUUCUUUAGAGAUGAAAUUAUAUCUGAUAUAUAUAGUUUAGGUGUGUUAUUUUGGGAGAUUUCAUCACAAAAACUACCAUUUGAACAAUAUUCUGAUGAGCCAUGUAGGUUAUGUUAUUUAAUUGUUUAUGAAAAUCUUCGUGAAACUCCAGUUCCAGAUACUCCUAAAUUUUAUGAAGAUUUAUAUAAAGAAUGUUGGGAAUUUAACAGAGAUUUACGUCCUAAAACUGAGGAUAUUUGGGAUCGUUUUGAGGCUUCUCAAGAAGAUUCAAAUUGA